AUGGAGGAGCGCGCGGAGAGGAUGCGCGGCAACCCGUACGCCAAGCGGCGUCCGGUGAACUCCCCCCCGCGCGUGGUGGUGGAGGACGGCGCGACGGUGGAGCGGGCGCCCCUGCGCGGCCCGGUGUACGUGCGCGUGCACACCCACACGCACAGCCACUCGACGGCCAUGCGCCACGACACCCGCACCAAGCUCCUCCAGUCCUGGCACGUCGGGAUGUGCGGGGCGCCCGCGGAGCUCAACGCGCGCGCACUCGGGUCGGAGCUCGACUACCAGAUGCACCUCACGGACUGCGCGCUGACGCUCCUGAACGCCAAGAUGCGCGCGCACAAGGAGAAGCUCGCGGGCGAGCCCGGCAACGAACUCGCCACUGUCGUGCUCAGGUAA